CAGAGUGGACAGGGAGUAUGCCCAUGGCUUCCUCCGCCACAAGAUCCUCUCUGAGGGGCAUUAUGGCCUGACCUUUCCCUGGAAGCAGGAUCUUCAGUGCCACGUGAAUUUCUCUCUUGGUUUGGUCUGCUGCCAAUUGGCUGGGUAGGUUAGUGGUGUAGUAACUUUGACCAUGUUAAGCUGUUUGUUUGGGUUAGGACUGCAGCUGAUGAUAUUGAGACAUAAAAUAGUCUGAAACCUAAAAACCACAAGAAAGGCAUCAGGAGAACUUGAAGAGAUUCAGUUUCUAAAGCAGACACAUUGUGAGAGCUUCAGAGACUGACAAGGAUUUUUAGUUUGUUUAGCAAAUGUGAAAAAGUUUAGCGUAACAUAGCAAGUUCUUAGAGUGCUGCUUGGUAAUGCUACCCGAAAUAGCCUGCACUCCUACUGGCUGGUCUUUGUAAGUGGAGAAUUAAUCCUUCCAGGUGCACGUCUGUAUAAAAAUCUCUGGAGUGCAGGAGGAUGACAGGAAACUUCACACUCACUCAGCUAAAGAAGGAUUCCUGCCAUGAUUUCUACACCACACCUGCCACACCACCUCAAUGAAAGGCAAAGAAUGGAGUGCCAAAGGGAGAAGGAGCUCUGUGAAAACCAGUGUGAACCUGAACACUGCUCAAACUGCUCUGAUUGUUUGACAACAGCAUCAGAAUCCAACUCAGAUUCGCCAAUAACCCUUAAAAUACUUCAGAAGUGGGCUCCUACACUAUCCCCCUAUUUCGAUAAAGAGCAUUACUGUUACGUAGGCCAGCAGAUCACUAUUCAAGAAUCAAUAGACUACUUUGGAGCUAUAGUUUGGCCUGGUGCAUUGGCUUUAUCUCAAUACCUGGAAUCACAUCAACACGAGAUCAACCUCAGAGACAAAAAAGUUCUUGAAAUUGGUGCUGGAACAGGCCUGGUUUCCAUUGUGGCCAGUAUACUAGGAGCCUAUGUUACAGCUACUGAUUUGCCUGAAGUUCUUGAAAAUCUCAAUUUUAAUAUUUCAAAAAAUACACAAAACUUGAACGUACACAAGCCUGAAGUGAGAAAACUGGUGUGGGGAGAAGACCUCAAUGAAGAUUUUCCUAGAUCAACUUACCAUUAUGAUUUGAUUUUGGCAAGUGAUGUUGUUUAUCACCACGCAGCUCUGGAGCCACUGCUUACAACAAUGGUAUAUUUUUGUCAGCCAGGGACCGUGUUAUUAUGGGCAAACAAAUUCAGAUUCAGAGCUGAUUAUGAAUUUUUGGAAAAGGUUAGCGAUAUUUUCAAUGUAAAACUACUAGCAGAAUUUCCAGAAUCAACCAUCAAGCUGUUUAAAGUUACAGCAAGAGAGAAUUAGAGAGGAAACAAUGAAGGGAAUAACAGCAUUGAUUCAACAGUAGCACUUCAAGGUUUAGAACAGUCUUAGCUGUGUAUUAAUACUUAAACCCAUAGUUCUGUAUUUUGCAUUGCAAUAUAUAUGAAAAAAAGUCAGGUUGUAUAACAAAAGUGUCAGAAUAGAACUCAACAUCUGAUUUAUCUCAUAAAUGUAUAUGCAUCAUCUACUCAAACAGAUUAACUUCACUUUAGCAGUGGUUAGUAACACACCGCAAUCAGAAAUUUAUUCUAAAACUUUGUAUGAACUAUUAGAU